AUGGAAAAGUGUCGUGAAAAGAGAGAGUGGGGUGAAAAGGUGUUGCGUCUCGGGGGGAAGGUGAGGAUAGAGAAAGUGCUGACCGACAAGGUAGCGCCGGGGUGGAAGGAGAAAAAGGUGCAGGGCGAGGAGAAGGCGCGGGGCGAAGGGAAGGCCAGUGGCGAGAAGAGAUCCCAAGGCAAAGAGAGGGUCUCUAAGGGGGAUGGGCGUGGCUUUAGGAGGGGACGGGGCGAGGGGCAGGCUCGAGAAGAACAGCUCUCCAAGGACCAGGGGAAAGGGCGGGUCGAUAAGGAACGGGUCGAAGAGCUAGGAUGGGUCGAGGAACAGGGGCGCGACAAGGCGGGGAAGCAGAGGGAGGAGCAAACUCCAGGAGAGAAAAAGGGGCGGGGACAGGGAAAGGGGCGGGGCGUGGGGAAGGUCUGGGCCGAGGAUCCGGAGAAGGGAGAGGCUAGAUACAGGACUCGGAACCAGGGUUCGAGCCACGUUGCGCGCUGCCCCGCGAUGUACCCUGCUGGCCCUGCGUGGCCGAAACUCCGAGUCCUGCGGGCGCUGUGGGCACUACUGGCGGUGCUAUUGGCACCGUGGAGGCUGUGGGCGAAGGAGGAUAUCCAGGAGUGUAUCUGGCACGUUGUUCUGGUCAAGUUUGAGGCGGUAGGCGAGGAAGGCAGGAGCGACCGCUUUUUUGAUCUAGAGCCCCUGGAGACGCUGGACAGUGUGUUCAGCCUGCUGGUGGAUGCACCCACCGACCAGAACGAGAAAUACCUGGGCUUCCCAUACUACCUAAAGAUCAACUACUCCUGCAGUGGAGAGUCCUCCAAGGCCCAGGUCCGCAAAGGCCACCUGACAGGGCUGAAGCCCUUGGUGCUGGUGACCUUCCAGUCCCCAGUCAACUUCCAUCGCUGGAAGAUAGAGCAGCUACAGAUCCAGAUGGAGGGAGCCCCCUUCCGCAGCAAAGAGCGGUGCAACGCAGAGGAAGUGUGUGCCAUGAGCUGGUACACGCCCAUGCCCAUCAAGAACGGCAGUGUGGUCAUGUACGUGGAUGUCAGCAGCAAUGGCCUGGGGCCCUUCAUUCAAAAUACAAGGUUUCACGUGAACAUCAACGGCUUCUUGCAGAAACAGCAAGAUAACACACUCCAAUUCACUGUGGGAAAUGAGAUCUUCAAUCUGAUACCCCGAUACUUCAUCAACGUCCCGUCGAGGCCCCUGUGGCACACCGUGGACCAGACACCCGUGCUCAUCCUGGGUGGCAUUCCCGAUGAGAAGUCCAUCCUGCUGACUGACACCAGCUUCACGGACUUCUUUCUCGUGGAGUUGAACAUUGACAGUUGCUGGGUAGGCUCCUUCUACUGCCCUCAGGCCAGUUUCACUGCCACCAUCUAUGACGCCAUUGCCACCGAAAGCACUCUCUUCAUUCGGCAGAACCAGCUCGUCUACUACUUUACGGGCACCUAUGUCACCCUCCACGAGAGCAACCAAGGCAGUGGGAGCUGGGUUCGUGUGUUGGCCAACGAGUGCAUCAAGAAGCUGUGCCCUGUAUAUGCCCAUAGCAAUGGCUCAGAGUACGUCAUGGCCCUCACCACUGGCAAGCGGGAAGGCUACGUCCACUUUGGGACCAUCACAGAUGGCCGCGUGUCCUUCGAGUUGCUGCCCCGGCAGCGGUCUGUGUGCGAAGGGUUACAAGUGAAGAACUGCUCCAUAAUUUGGGCCGUGUUCAUUGCUGGAGACUACAAUCUACUGCUGCUGGUGCAGAUGGAAGACCCCACCACCAGGAAGUAUUUCCAGGUGGUCAGCUACGACCUGGUCGGUAAUUACCUGGCCAUCCUCUACACCAUCCCGGAAUUCAUCCCUGACGCUAGGGGCCUGGAGUUUCUGAUGCUCCUAGGGACAGAGUCUCAUACCACCUUCCUGAUGGUACCCAAGGGCAUGUUCUACAACCAGUAUAGCAACCUGCUGUAUAUCUGGGGCAACUUCCUCCUGCAGAGCUAUAACUAUGAAAACUUCAUCUACCUGGCGGACUUCCCCAAGGAGCAGUCCAUUAAGUACCUGGUCAACUCGUUCCGUGGGGACAUGGCUAUUGUCACAGAGACUGAGGAGAUCUGGUACCUCCUGGAAGGCAGCUACCGGAUGUACAAGCUGUUCCCAUCCAGGGGCUGGGAGGUGCACAUCAACCUACAGGUGAUGCACCAGUCCUCCGUCUACACCCCCAAUGAGACCAUGGUCACCCUCUUCUACGAAGACACCAAGCUGUACCAGCUAGUGUAUCUGAUGGAAAACCAGCAGGGCCAGCUUGUCAAGAGGCACGUGCCCGUGGAGCAGCUCUUGAUGUACCAGCAGCUCAGUAAUCACUACUUCUUUGAGCGGCAAGGGAGCCACCUGACGCUCUCCUUCACCAACUUCUGUCCGUUCUCGGUGAUGCGCCUGCGGGACCUGCCCAACCCUCAAGUCUACUCGCGCCAGGAGCGCUACCAGGCGCGUCCGCCGCGCGUAGUGGAGCCCUCGGGCUUCCACAGCGAGAACUCGCUCGCAGUCUACCAGGGGCUCGUCUAUUACCUGCUUUGUCUGCACUCCAAGUACCACAAGCCGUACGCCGACCAGGUGCACGACUCCACCUGGCGCUGGUCGAACAAGAAACAGGACCAGGAUUACUACUUCUAUCUGGCGAGCAACUCGCAGAGCCCGGGGAACGUGUACAUUGACAUGGCCAGCUACGAGAAGAUCUACAACCUCAAGGCCGACUACGAGCUGCCCGAGCGCAUCUUCCUGGACAAGGGCACCAGCUACGUCUUCUCCGUCUUCCUGAGGGUCGGGGGGCAGUCGCUGGAGUUCACACCCGAGCGCGUGCUCACCUCCGAAGAGCUGAAGAGCACAGUGGAUCUGGGCGUGGUGCUGGCCGACCCGGGCUGCAUUGAGGCGGUGGUGAGACAGAAGUUCUUCAUUAACCGCAACUCGGUGCUUUUCCGGGUUACGCUCAGUGAUAAAAGGUCUUGCUUUGACCAGGGCCUUAGUGGACAUCACCUCUUGGAGACCUCCAUGUUGCUCAAGGUGGCGGGCGCGGUCGGACAUUGCUUCCAGAACACACACCAGGGACCCCGCAUGCAAGGCAACUUGAUGGUCCCAGUGCUUAUCGGCUGCCCUCCGGGCAAGCGCCUGGCCUUCGACGUCACCUACACCCUGCAAUACAAUCGUCUGCAGAACAAACACUACUUUGACUGCGUGAGGGUGGACCCCGAGAUGCCCUGCUUCCUCUUUCGUGAUGUCUUCUACCCUUUCUUCUUGAUCCAAGACUUGGUGACGGGAGAUUCGGGCAGUUUUCAGGGCAGCUAUGUGCUGAAGGUGGUAGGCGGCGGGCCCACCCUGGACACCAUCAGGGAAUACAGCGAGGAGGAGAUUUACCGCUUCAACAGCCCCUUGGACAAGACUCACAGCCUCAUCUGGACCACCAAGAACACAACGACCACCAAGGACUCGGCCUUUAACAUCAUGUCCCAUCAGAGCUUGGGCAUCGAGUGGCUGUGUCUGGAGAACUCCCCAUGCUAUGACACCAUUCCCCAUACCAUCUUUGCCCCUGAGUUCUUCUUCAAGGUGCUGGUGAGCAACAGAGGCGUGGACAAGAGCACAUACUGUGACUACCAGCUCAUCUUCCUGCUGCACAUCCACGGUCUGCCACUCAGUGCCGAGCGGGCCUUCUUCAUCCUCAUGGUGUCAUCCAGCGUGUUCAUCGGUCUGGUGACCCUCUACAUCAUCUUCUGCCUCCUGUUGCCUGUUAUGGUGAAGGCCUGGAACAGCCUCCGCUGGAAGAUCAACAACAUCAUCAUGUCAGAGUCCUACUACACCUACGCUUCCCCUUCUAGAAAUUGCAGUGGGACAUCUGAGACCAGAUCCACGGUCAGCUCCAGAGUCGGCUCCAGUGCCAGUUCCAAAGUGGCAGAGGCGAACCAGCGUGCACCUGAGCAAACCUGGAAGAAGAAGCCGUUGGUCACCUGAGCCACUUGCCUGCCCCCAUCUCCACCCGUGCUCUUUCCUCACUUCCUGGGCCACCUUGGAAAUGCAUCUAUCACCCAUCCCAGGCCCUUUUUUGUUUUGCGUCAAUUUUCACUUCUUCAGACCUAAAUCCUCGUUUCAGGAUUAGCCGUGGGCCCUUGGAAGGACUCACGUUCAGUUAGUUUGUACCACACAGCCAUGUAGGUCAUUAAAGUCAAAAUCCUUCUGGGCCACCUG